CAUCCCUCCGCAUUUCGCGACGAGUUAAAGUUGGCUGCCAGCCCACCCCCUUCAUCCCGCUGACUCUCGCUCACUAACCAGCAGGCCCGGUCCUUCUCUCAAUUGUCUUGGGCCGCUCGCCAUUGAUUCGGCCGCGACCAUGAUCUCUUCCAUGGAGAAUCACGCUAGGGGUAGAAGCCCGGCACGGGGCAACGAUGUUUUGAAUGAUGACGACCGUGCCGCGUGGAGUGAUGCCGAGAGCAUCUCCAGCCGGUCCACUAUGUCGUUCGACUACUUCCCCGUCCGAGAGAGGCAGUAUCGCGCACCUGUAUUCCGCCUCAAGAGAGGGGAGCCGGCCGGUAAGCCGGUUUACGAAGCUUGGAAUAUCGAGUACUACCCGCGCAAGAGGGUGCCGGUGCAGGGCUUCAAGUUGCUCGGGGUCAGGCUCGAAAAUUAUGACGACCUCGGAGACCGAUUUGUGGUGAGCCCGCAGCCUUCUGUGCAACCGGACCUGUCAGACAUGCACUUGCAGGCCAUUGAGGCUUUCCAGUCCAGGCAUAAACGGUGUUGGGCGACUCGAGCAUUGCGAGGGAGGGCCAAGACUUACGAGCAAGAUCUCGAGGAAAGAUGCAGAAAGCUUUCUGACACAGUCCAAACUGCUCUCACCCAGCUCCUCAUGGAUAGAGGCAGGGCCACCUCAACCCAUUACCGAACCCGAACCUGGACAGUUGUCGUAAUGCGAGAGCAGCUGCGCAGUCGGUUCACCGACACCGACCUCACCGAAGUGAAGCGCCACAAACUGCGCAAAUGGAAGAACCCCGGGCCAGAAGAGAUCUUGGUCUACACGGUGCUUAUUCGAGGGACCGAGACCAAGGCUGCCCCUGCUGACACCGGUUUCAGCACCUUCGCACCCUUCUAUAAUCCUUGGGUGCACUCGGACAGGACGGAGGGGCUGCGCAAGCAGCGGGAAGAACGCCGGCAGCGGGACACUCUUCGUCGCAAGAGACACCAGUUCUCCCCACCCUACAGAAACUGGUCGCCUCCGCAUCGGAACCGGUCUCCAUCAUACCGAACGCGAGUCCGGUCCGCAUCCCCUCCGUCAUACCGGAGCUGGGGAAGCCGCUUUGAUUCCCCGUCUCCACCGCUCCGUCGUUCGCGCUUCGAAUCGCCUCCCCCAUACAGGCGCUUCGCCCAAAGCGAGUCUCCAAACCGCAGCCGUUCGCCCAGCGUUCGGGUCCGCGUUGUUCCGAGGCACGACAACUACAGCUUCGACGACGCGACGUUCUCUCCCAGUCCAACUCCGCCGGAAUCCUUCACCCCUCCGCCCGGCGUAUCGGCGUACCACCGACCGGGAAUGGCGCCACCAGCACCCUUCCCAGCACCCUUCCCAGCACCCUUCCCAGCACCCUUCCCAGCACCCUUCCCAGCACCCUUCCCAGCACCCUAUUCCAACCAGUUCCCCUCGCCACCGUCAUUCCCCGACUCCUCCGGAACCGCACCGAGAGACACCCGGCCAUUCAACGACCACACCACCGCCCCGUUCCGGCCGAUCCCAACCAACUGCUUCGCCUGCCGCAAUACCCGGACCUGCAUCCACUUCCCCCCCUACCAGUCCUGCGCCAGACCCGUGCUAUGGCACAACGGCAUAGGCUACCACCCGCCUUGCCUGGCCUGCGCCCAGAUAGACGCCUCCUCGAGGGCGCCCUUCCCACGCAUCCCACCGCACGCGGGCACAGCCUAUGCUCCAGGGCCCUAUCAGUUCGGCGCCGCUUCGUUCACGCAGUAUCCCUUCAACAGCAGCUGCUUCGGCCCCUCCCCGCCGCCGCCUCCUCCUCCGGCAACGACACGCCCCCCAUCUUGGAUCUCGCAGAGCUCGAUGGGACCGGUGCCGCCGGCGCCAAAUCCGUUUUCGCCGCUGUCGACACCACCCUUGACGAGUGCAGGCGGGUCGAGCCCGGUUAUGUCAUCUCCGUCGGCGCGGGUGAGGACGCCGGCGGCCGAGGAGAUGGGAGAGCCGGAAGUGAGGGUUGAAUCGCCCAGAGCAGGGUCACCUGCGCCGUCCGGGGUGAGUUCUCAUCAGUUCUGAGAGUGAUUAGGUGUGGUGGUUGUGACUGUUAUCUUUGAUUCUUCGAACGAUUCGGGAGGGGUUGAACUGGCAAGAUUGGCUCUGGUUGAACUCCAUGACGAGAUGACGUGACACGAUUAUUAUGACCUUCGGGUGGUUGCUAUUUUGAUAGGAUCUAGUUUCCUGGUGUAUUUCUGCGAUUGACUGUUUCCAAAUUCAAGAAUACGAUUGUUAUUCGCCUCCAAGAUCUGGAUCCACCAUAUGAUGUUGCGUGCUUUGAAAGAAUCCAAGCCUUGUACGGGGUACAAAUCUGCUCUCGGUUUGUGCGUUAGCACGGGUACACGGCGGGGCAGUAGACAUAAGACAAUUGAAAUCAAGAAACAAAGGUGAAAAAAU